UGUGUAGAGCGCACAUGUUUUGUUUUUCAAUUUCACGUGUAUAUUGUGAUUGGAACGUCUUAUUACAUCCGAACUCGGUAAAUAAAAGCUGCCUAAAUAUUGUGCGCGAAUCAUUUGUAAUUCACUCAGUUGCAAUGGAAAAAGCCGUGGCUUUUAACAUUGAGAACGACUAUGGUCAAAUCUUAUAUUCGUUGGAAAAGUUACAUCAAUCAGCCGCACCAUCCGAAACGAAACGUUUCGAAAAGGUGUUGAGGUUAUGGGAAAAAAGGGAAUUGGACUUCGAGAAACUGGUCACCUUCCUCAGUGAUGUCAUCGUCAAGCAGACGUACACAAAUCCAAUCAAAUCGCUGUUUUCGAAUCGACUGUUUCUGAUCGUAACGAAGCGCUUCUCAUUGGCAGUCAAGGUAAACGAUCAGGAACAACUGCAAGAAGAAUCCAUUUGUCUCAGUAAAUUGAUUGACCAUUCCGUGCACAUAUCAAAUCAUGCUGUGAAGUAUUUUAAAUUGAAUGCAGCGCCAUUCGGUUCGGCAGCAAUUGAAGAGUCCCGACCGAAGUUGAAGAAACGAGAUCGUCGACCGACCCAAUUGGACGUGGUGAAAUGUUGCUACUACUUCCUGAAGGACAAUUUCAACUUCUACAAAAAUGCCUGGAAGUGGUCCGACUUCCUACGAACGUAUGCGAACAACGACUGUGACCUACAGAAACUCUACACCAAUCACAUAAUGGCAAUGCUGAUCGGUAUGUCCGUGCAUCAGUUGAAAGAACUAAAUUGUGCCAUACCGCGGCAAUUAAUCUUGGAAAAUGAGAUGAAAAUCCAUCCGAUUACCGAAGACAAACCGAGUGCUGAAAGUGCAUCAACCACAUUAGUUCCGUCAACAUAUCGCAGUGAUGUCGUGUGCUGCAUUGAAGGAGUUUUCUUGCCCAUCUACGAUGUUGCUAACAAACAAUUCUACCACAAGAACGAUGUGGAGCGUAUAGUCGAUGUUGCUUCUACCAAAGCGAAUAUGCGGAGCAUAGCACUGGGAAUAUCGUCGAACAAAGCGAUAUGUUUAACAGGUCCAGUGGGCUGCGGCAAAACCACAUUGGUGGAACAUUUGGCUAAGCUUACCGGUCGCAUUGCUCCGAUUUCAUUCGGCAACGAAUUCGAUGCGACAGUAUCGAGUGAAAAGACCAGCACACCGGGUGAAUCGACAAAGAGUACGCUGAAACGUACGAAGGAUGCCGAUAAUCGAUCCGACAGUAAGCCUACGAAACCCACAAGAGUGAAGUCGAACAAUGGAUUUUUACGUAUUCAAUUGGGUGAUCAAACCGAUAGCAAAAUGCUGCUCGGACAGUACCGAUGUACAGAUCUACCUGGCGAGUUCAUUUGGCAAGCUGGCGUUUUGACACAGGCUGUGAUUAGUGGCCAAUGGCUGCUGUUAGAGGACAUUGAUUGUGCUACGCAGGAUGUAGCAACCGUUUUGACGAAUCUAAUGGAAAACCGAUAUUUGAGCGUGCCGGGAUUUCGGGACUGUGUACGAAUCGCGCCUGGAUUUCAGCUGUUCGUAACGCUCCGAAGCCAAAAGUUAGCGAACCAUUCGCAACACUCCAACUUCCAAAUACUUGAAAAGUAUCUCUACAACGUCAACAUGCUGCCAUUGUCCCGCAGUGAACUAUCAGCCAUCAUCAGUAUCAACUAUCCAAAACUGGCAACAAUUGCAGACCGGAUCGUCGACGUUUACUUGGAAUUCUCCAAAGGAAUGCAUCAAGACAAUGCCUCACCCAUGGACGAUGCCAUGGACGUUACUAUCUCGACACCAUCCGAAACGGUAUCAACGGCUGGUAUGUCCAACUCCAAUCGUUUGGUGUCAACACGAGAUUUGUUCAAAUUGUGCAAACGAUCGCAUCCAACGUUUUCGGUCACCAGUACCGAGUGUGCCUACAAUGUGUUCCAAAAUGCCGUCGAUUUGUUCUGUUCGUAUCUGGCCCAUGACACUGACAAAACGCAGAGCGUUGCCAGAAUCGACACCAAAACGCAGUUGAUUGUGAACAUUGGGGCUAAAUUGGGUGUCAAUCAGUCUCGCUGUGAGUUUUAUGCGAAUGAACAUAGGCCGGAAGUGGUUAUCACUUCCACCGACAUUAAGUGUGGUCGGGUUCGCGUAGAUCGAAGACUGAAUUGGUUAACGGAAAAGCAUGUGGACAGUAAACGGAGCAGUAAUGGCACAGAGAAGAACGUUCCACAGAAGAAGAAGAAAAUCGAUGAGGGGGCCUACGUUAACCAGUACCUGGAGUCGAAGAACAAAGAUCCAACAUUUUCGUUCACUCGGUUGGCUCUAUGCAUUCUCGAAAAAAUCGCCGUUGCUGUCACGCACAACGAGCCAGUGUUGUUGGUGGGUGAAACUGGUGUUGGAAAGACCAGCUCCGUGCAGUAUUUGGCUCAUCAAACGAAACACAAAUUGGUCGUCGUGAAUAUGAACAAUCAGUCGGAUGUCAGCGAUUUGAUUGGUGGCUAUAAGCCCGUGGAUCUCGAGUUCGUUGUCAGACCGAUGCGAACCGAAUUCGAAUUCCUGUUCAAGAAAACGUUCAACAUUUCGAAAAAUCAAAAGUUUCUCAACAACUUGAGCAUUCAAUUCAACGGCUCCAACUUCACCAUGAUCAUCAAGUUAAUGUUAAAGGUGUGCGAAACGGUGUUCGACAAGAAAACCGACAUGGACCAGUCGAUGAAAUCGAAAGCACUUCUGACGCGAUGGUCAUCGCUUCGGAUAAAGCUGCUGAAAUUGAAUUCUCAGCUGAAGAAUUCGAUCAACAUAUCGUUUGCGUUCAUUCCCGGAUCGCUGGUGAAUUGUAUCAAGAACGGUGACUGGAUUUUGCUGGACGAAUUGAAUCUAGCAUCGACCGAAACACUGGAAUGUUUGUCGACAAUUCUCGAACCGGACGGAUCGAUUGUUUUACUGGAGAAAGGAGACUAUGUGCCGAUCGAACGUCAUUCAGAUUUCCGGAUUUUUGCUUGCAUGAAUCCCAGCACCGACAUCGGAAAGAAAGAUCUGCCGAUCGGCAUUCGCAACCGUUUUACCGAAUUCUAUCUCGACGAACUGACGACGGAAAGUGAUUUACAGAUUUUGAUCGGUGAUUACUUGACAACGAUCCGUAAGCCGAAAGUGUUUGCUAUCGUGAAACUGUAUCGUGAACUCCGUAAAUUGGCCAAACUGAAGCUAAAUGAUGGCCUCGGAAACCGACCCGUUUAUUCGCUUCGAACAUUGUGCCGGGCACUAAGUAUUUGCGCGAAAGAUCUGUGUGGUUCCGUCGAACGCAAUUUGUACGAAAGUUUCUGUGUCGGUUUCCUGACUCAAUUGGAUCAGGCGUCGCAUGAAGUUGUACGGUCAGAGAUUCAAGAUAAAUUGUUGUCGAACGUGAAAGCCAUUCUGAAUCAAGAAAUCAAAAAACCGGAAAACGGAGACUACAUCAACUUUGAAGGAUACUGGAUCCCUGUCGGUCGGCGUGAUGUCUUGGAAUGUGAAAAUUACAUUCUAACAGCGAGUGUCAAACAGAAUUUGAAGGACCUGGCUCGGAUAAUAUCGAUCGGGCGGCUGCCUGUUCUUUUGCAAGGACCAACCAGUGCUGGUAAGACCAGUUUGAUUGAUUACGUAGCCAAACGGAGUGGCAAUUUUUGUCUUCGCAUCAAUAAUCACGAGCACACGGAUCUGCAAGAAUAUAUUGGAACCUACACGUCCGAUGUCGACGGGAAACUUUCGUUCAAAGAAGGUGUCUUAGUGCAGGCCAUGAGAAAGGGCUACUGGAUCAUUUUGGAUGAAUUGAAUUUGGCGCCCAGUGAUAUUCUAGAGGCAUUGAACCGUGUAUUAGACGACAAUCGUGAGCUGUACAUUCCAGAAACGCAGACCCUUGUGAAAGCUCACCCGAAUUUCAUGCUUUUCGCAACACAAAAUCCACCUGGACUAUACGGCGGUCGAAAGACAUUGUCGCGUGCGUUCAAAAAUCGUUUCAUUGAACUCCAUUUCUCCGAAAUACCAAAAAGUGAACUGGAAGUGAUUUUGGAGAAACGCUGUCUCAUCCCAAAGACGUACGCUCAGAAGAUGGUGAAGACGAUGUCAGAGCUUCAAAUAAAUCGCGAACGCACAACCAAAGGAUCGUUUACUCUGCGCGAUCUGUUCCGCUGGGGAAAUCGAUACACUUUCGCCGAUCGGAAAUUACUGGAGGACAACCGGUAUGACUGGAAUCAACAUUUGGUGGACGAAGGAUUUCUGGUGCUCUCAUCGAAAAUACGCAACGACGUCGAAGUGGAAAUCAUCAAAAAGUCGCUGUUCAACCAUUUCCGCAAGGAGAUCAAUUUGAAUAACCUGUUCACGUUGCACGACGGCACGUCCAUGGUAACGAAACACAUCCUGGAAAAGAUCGUCAAUCAUCCGAAUUUCGGGAACAUAAUCUGGACGUUCAACAUGAAUCGCAUGGCGGUGCUGGUAGCUAAAUGUAUCGAAUUUAGUGAGCCUGUGCUACUGGUGGGCCCCACAGGAUGUGGCAAAACGACAAUUUGUCAAAUUUUGGCUGAUGUCAACGAAACGGAGCUGAAAAUUUUGAAUUGUCACAUGCAUACCGAAGGAGCGGACUUUCUCGGUGGAUUGAGACCGUUCCGCAGUGACGAUAAUCAGAAUAAGAUGGUGGAGAAGAAGCAAUUAUUCGAAUGGGUCAAUGGACCGCUGGUUACAUCAAUGAUUGACGGCACAUAUUUCCUUGCUGAUGAGAUUUCGUUGGCUGAAGACUCGGUUUUGGAGCGAUUGAAUUGUAUACUGGAACCCGAAAGAACGCUCCUGUUAUCGGAGAAAGGUGGCGCAAACGAAAGCAUAAUUUCCGACUCAAAUGACACAUCGAGCGAAUUCGUGAUCACCGCCAAACCUUCAUUCAAAUUCUUCGCUACAAUGAAUCCGGGUGGUGACUUCGGAAAGAAAGAGCUGUCACCGGCUCUGCGAAAUCGAUUUACGGAAAUUUGGUGCAGACCAACAGACAAUGAGGAUGACCUAAUCAAAAUAGCAGCCCAUACGCUCAGAGAGAACUUCAAAAGUUUGCCAGAUCCCAGCUUGAAUGAGAUGGUGGAUGGAGUGGCGAAUGUCAUUGUUAAAACCGUGUUCUACCUGAAGAAGUCUGUGGACAAAUUGAAUUUUUCCAUUCGUGACAUAUUGGCGUGGGUUGAAUUCAUAGCAGCCAAUUCUCCGAAAGCUUUAAACGUACACGAGUCGCUGUAUUACGGCUUGGAGACAUUAUUCCUGGACUCGUUGGAAAUGUUGCCGCACGAUAGUUUCAGUGAAAUUCAAAAUAUUCGCGCCAAAACAACGAACAAUUUGAUGGUCCACAUCAAACACCAACUGCAAAAGUCCAUAACAAGCGAGGACAUUUAUGCAACGCGAGGAUCUCUGAUUGAGACGAAAGACUUGACAUUUGGAAUCAAUCCCUUCUUCAUACCAAUCAAUGCGAAUGCGCCACAGAAGAACACUGACUUCAUGUUUACGGCACCGACGACUCAGCAAAAUUUGUUCCGACUACUCUCGGCACUUAGCCUGAACAAGGCGAUUUUACUUGAAGGACCACCGGGUGUCGGUAAAACGUCGUUGAUUGAGAAUUUAACCACAUCGAUUGGAUACGACAUCGUUCGCAUCAACCUCUGUGAGCACACAGAUUUAGCUGAUCUGUUCGGAACCGAUCUACCAGCGGAGAACAAAGAUUUUACAAACCAAACAGAAUCAAACGACUCGUCGCUGGGAUCGUUCAUUUGGCGUGACGGACCUUUACUAUCGGCACUGAAGGCUGAGAACACGUGGAUCUUGUUGGAUGAAUUGAAUUUGGCACCGCAGAGCGUUUUAGAGGGGUUGAACGCGAUUCUUGAUCACAGAGGCGAAGCAUUCAUUCCGGAACUAAAUAAAACUUUCAAAUUGGGUCGAAAGACUCGCAUUUUCGCAUCACAAAAUCCACUUCGACAAGGCGGCGGAAGGAAAGGAUUGCCGCAAUCGUUUUUGAACCGAUUCACCAAAGUCUAUCUGCGUAAACUGGCAACGAUCGAUCUUUUACACGUAGUCAACGGAAAGUAUGAAUGGUACUUCGAAUCGCUAGCCAAAUACUUUGACGUGGAUCUUGAUCGCAAUGGAGCUGAUGAACAGGAUAGUCUGUUCAACAAUCGGUCAGCACAAUGUGAAGGAAGACUAAAGUUUGACCUAGCAAAACGAUUGGUGUCAUUUUCCGAACAACUCGACGACGGAAUCACCAACAUGGAAUUUGGCCAUAAGGGUGGACCGUUCGAAGUGAAUCUACGCGAUAUUUUGCGCUGGUGCGAGUUGCUAACCAACAGAAAGACUGGCUUUCUGAUGUCGGAACAAAGCAUCACGUUGGAGAACUCGUUUGCCGAUUUUAUGCUCGUUCUCUACGAAAAGAUGAAAUUGGUGUACUACGUCCGCAUGAGGACGGACAUUGAUAAAGCGUUCAUUCGCCGUAAAUUCGCCGAAGUAUUUAAUUGUGAUGUUGAUCGACUGGAAGGAAGCUCUGCUGAUGUAUCACUGUUCUGGAACGACAACACCGUUUACAUGAACGAUAUCGAAAUCCCGAAAGCGUCGAGCGAUGAAUUAAUGGUUCCGCGAACAUCAUCUCCACUUCUGCUUCCGUCACAACUGGAAAUAGUGAAAAGUUUGGCCGAAUGUGUGAUCAACAAGAAACCAAUCAUUCUGUGUGGCUCCGCUGAUUGCGGAAAAACGAAAACCGUCGACGUUUUGUGUACGAUACUAAAUCGUAAUUGCGUGGUGGACACCAUUGACGAUUCGGUGACGGGCAGUUUUCAGCAAGUAGAUCUCUAUCGACAUUUGGAAGAAGCGGCCAAGAACAUCGAGUCCAUUUUGAUCGUCAAGCUUCAAGAGUUUGCAUUGGCACCGUCACCACAAAACAAUAAAACAUUCCUGGAGCUUCUGGACCUAUGGGAGAGUUACGUACUGUCACUGGAACAUACGGAAGUCACAUUGUCAUCUGCCACAUCCGCUGAACUGCUGGUAUUCAAAAAACGUCAAAUGCAUUUGGAGAAAUUGGUUGAGUGUCUGUCAUCACUCCACACUGAUUCAUCUGAAAAUCAAACGGAUGGGCUAAAUUCGUAUGGAACUCGAUUGCAAGACCUUGGGAACAAACUGAAGGCUCUCCGUUCGAUUGUGGAGAACACUGUUACGUUGAACACCGGCGGUCACUUUGAAUGGGUCGACUCUAAGAUCGUAAAGGCUUUGAAAUUUGGUCAAUUCAUCUGCUUGGAACAUGUGAACCUGUGUUCGUCAGCCGUAUUGGAUCGCUUAAAUUCCGUGUUCGAACCGAACGGCAGUUUGUUGAUUUCCGAGAAAGGUGUUUCGGUUGACAAUGAACCGGAUGUUGUAACAAAACACGAAAAUUUCUGUGCUUUCCUCACAUUGGAUCCGAAAAGCGGGGAAAUAUCGCGGGCCAUGAGAAACCGAUGCAUUGAAAUCAAUAUCAACAAAGAGAACUACAAUGCGGACGAUCUAAAGCGUUUGAUAUACACGAAUGGAGUAAAGGACACCUGCUUGAUUGACUGCUUGUUGAAGAUCCAUAGACGAGUCUCAGCGGUGUCCGAUUUCAAUGCAUUUGGAGUGGCGCACAUUCUAAAAUGCUCGUUUCUGAUUGCUGAAAACAAACGACAAGGACAUUCUAAUGCUGACGCACUAAAGGAUAGCACCGUUGAGGUAUACGUCCGGUCGUCGAGCAUUGAUCUACUGGGAUUCGGAUUGGACUUCUAUCGGAAUAAGCUGGAAAGUGAAAUUAUGGAUGAAAUUGCAACCAUGGCACCGAUAACCAACGUUAUCAACUACGACAACAUCAUUCUGAAAACAUCCGAGUUGGGAACAUUUUCGUUAAUUCAAUGGCAAUGCGAGGUACUGCUGACAUUGGCCCGUUGUCAUCAACAAAAGAUUGACCCGAAUGACAUUUUGCCGAACGAAUUUUCUGGGUUUGCUCAGCUGCCGAUGGAUGCAAGUGUGGAGAAACUUUGCUACAUGCUGUUGGUGGUCUAUGACAUUAGUUCCGCUGAUGACGUUGAACACCGGAAAACUUUCUUAGAACUGAGUCUAUCCGCAAUAUUCGGUAGUGACGCGACUGCUCAAUCAACAACGUUGCGCAAACUAAACAACCAACUUUAUCACAGCAUCGCUGGUUCGCAGUCAGUAAAGAAAUUGCAGAACAAAAAUGUGCCGUGGAAUAGUAAAAUGUUCCCGCGACUCCGAAGCUACAAAAUUGAAAAGCUUUCAACAUCUGAACAACUCAAGAUCACGGCUGAACUGAUUACCAAGAUCGUGUCGAAGGAGAUCGUCACCAAAGACUCCAUCAAGUUGAAUCAAAUCGACGUGCUGACCUAUUCGAAAGCCGUCCAAGCCGGAAGCAUUCAAGACAGUUUACGGAACGAUUGCAUCACAUUCAUUCAUCCGUUGUUGGCUUCCACUGCGCAGUUCAUUCAAAACUCGCUAACCAAUUCAUCUGAGGUCACCUACGAAAUGUUCUCCCAGCUGAUCUGCAGCUUUCUAUGGACCGAUCGAAUGCAGCGAAUGUCGCAUCAACAGUUGUUCAAGAACAAAAAACUGAACGAGAACGUGCUUGACAAAUUGAUUCUUCAUUUCGGUUGGCUGCAAAAACAUUUGGUCAAUCCACUGAAGCAAUCUGCCGACGACACUGCGGCAAGUGCUGCAUUUGAGAAAGCAUUCGGUAAGAUUUCAAUGUACAUCCAGUCCAACUGCCACCCGUUGAAUCAGGUGCGGAAGGAGUAUGUGAAGAAGUUCACCAACUUCAUGCCGUACUACGACGAACAUCAAGUUUCACUGCACGAAUGUGUUCGGGAAUUCAGCAAUCUGACCAGCCUGGUGGCGCACCUUGGUCGAUUCGGGAAGGACGACAUAAUCAGGAAAAUAAAAAUUCUUUUCAACGAGAGCACCGCACAAAUGAGAGAAUUUCUAACUGAAUGCAGCAGCGAUGGUCUGGAAUGGUUGGACAGUGGUGUGGUUGCACAAGUUCUGGACAACGAGAGCAAUGACGUACCGAUUGCUGAAAUCAUUCGAGACAAGAAAGAGAAGUUCUUCGGAAAUCUAAAUGAUUCAAGUGACAUCGAUACCGUGGCACUGAGAAAGUUGAACGAUUUUCUACCGGUCGCCGAAUAUUUUGCGAUGAAGUCAUUGGUUCCGGUGCUGUUCAAUCAAAUAUCCAAAUGUUCCGUCAACACCGAAUUUUUCAACCGCAUCAACACAAUCAACGUAGACCUCCUACAACAACUGAAAGCCAUCAAAAGCGACAAGUACACGGAAUGUGAAACAAAUUGGAAUGAACUAAUGCUUCAGCUGAAAGACGCUUACGAUUCACCAGCCGGAAGCGAUCUACCAGCCAUCAUGUCAGCAUUCACAAACAAUUUCUAUAAGAACUAUUCGUCGUUCAAUCGCAAGAUGAUCAGUCAACUGCGGUCAUUUUCGAUGAACUCGAUCUGCGUCCAAAGUGACUUGUUGCACAAUCGCGAAAUGGAUGCAACGGUGGAACGUCACGCUUACGAUGGACCAACGCUGACCGUAUCUAUUUUGAAUGCACUGCUCGAUGACCGUGGACACUUUAAAUCGACAGGAUUGGGCGAAGCGCAUAUAUGGCGGAGUACGUUAAGUAUGCUGUCGAAAGUUGUCUGGUUCAACAUCAACAUUUGCGACAGUCACUUUUCCGUUGUUGACGGAAACCUGGCCGCUAGUUUAAACAAUGCCACCAAAUUGUUGGUGGAGCUGCAUUGGAUCAAAGACAAAUUUCUCAGUGAGAAUCCGGAGUUUUUCGAUGAAUUUUUGACUAUUAUCAAGCUUCUGGACGAUAAAGUUUCCAAAUGCAGAACCAUCGACAGCGGUCCGACAAACGCCAACCUUCGAUCCGAUCAACUCUACUACUCGUCAAUGCUAAAUGUACUGAUCGGAUCGAUCGAGAUAAAUCUGAUGUCGUUCAUGCCCAUCAUUGAUCCGGUUGAGAAAAAUCGUUUGAAAAAGGUCUACAACGAGGAGGACGAACAUCACAUCACCCAACUACUAUCCGUUUACGAUGCUUUCAAAAUCAUCACGAACUAUCGAGGACUCAACGAAGAAAUGUUGGUGCAUCUGCGAUCGAAAGUGGCACAAAUCGAAGGAAGAAAGCAAAAGUUUUCGAAAAAAGUGGCACUGCGACCGAAUGAAUGCAUGUACGGCGAUUUGGUGCGCGAUGUUAAUCACUUCCUAACGACGUGUUGUCAUCCGAAAAUUCUGAACGGUCUCGUUGUUUCCGUUGACGAAGCAUUGGCAUACAAAUUGGACAAUGAAACUGCCCAUCAACAUCUGCAAACGGUUGAUGAAAUAGUCAAAAAGAUCGACCUGUGGAUCAACAACGCGCAACAAUUCAUGCAUCAUCAGCUGAACAAAUACUCGGCAUAUUAUCGCGACUUCCUCACUCCCAUCGAAAGUUCGUUGACAACGUUACGGUUCGGCUUCGUUGGACUUCAGAGCUGUUUGAUUCGAUCGAGAGACUCGAUUUGCUUAAAAUCGAACGGAACGUAUUCGGAUAUCAACGAAAAUGGCAGAUUGACUCCACUGUUCGGGCAUCUCAUCGAAUUUCCCAGUGUCAAUGGCAUCGAUGUGUUGCCACCGAAAUCCGGGAGUCCCAUGCAGACGUCUAACAUAAUUAACGUUUUGAAUCAGCUGCCAAACUAUGAGGAAUGCUACUUCAUGCUCGUCAAAUCGAAACUUCACGAAAUCCGGAAUAGAAUCGAAAUAUCGGGCGAUGUGUCUCUGGACUCCUUUUCCAAAUACGAUUCGGUCCUCAACAUUUGCAACAUGAUUUGGAUGGAACAGGAAGAGCUGAAGAGAAAGAAACUUGCCGAGGAAGAAAGCCUCUACGUGCACAAAACCCAUUGCGAGACGGAAGAUGAGGAGGAAGUGAUUUUAAGCGAAAUUGAAAAAAUGUUCCCUACCGACGUGGACAACGAUUUCGGCGAGUUCAUCCAGUCGAAUACGCUGGAGAAAAUCAUCAAGAAAGCCGUUCCGAAAAAGUCGAACAAAUCCUUGGACAUUUUAUCGAUGGAGGACAUGAAGCUGUUGUGCAAAUCGUUCGUUGAUAUAACCAACAAAUUCUCGAGGUCGUACUAUUACAAUCCUAAAUUGAGUGGAAACAAAGGCAAAAUGGUCUUGGAUUUCAUCAGUCCGUUCAAAAUCAAUUCGUUCGUGUUCAACCAGUUGCUGAACAAAUACAGAUCCUGUCUCGACAAUAAAAUGGAUGAGAUAUUUUACGGUGGCGUUGGCUUGAUCAUCGCAAUAUCACAGCAAAAUUAUGAUUUCCUCCAAUUGACUGAAAAACCUGAUCGUCCGUACGACUUCUACAAGGACUCCAACAUUUCUGAAAUCGUGGGUUCGACUGAGGUCCUGUCUAAAAUUGAAAUCAGGACCAACGAUGAACUCAAUCUGUGGCCCGAUCAUGCUGUCCUCAUUGAUAUGAUUCGUAUUAUCGAGCGAAUAAGAUCGUUACCAAUCACAUCGUCGGUGGUUCGAUUCAGUACCGGCUUCCAACUUCUUCGACAAAAGCUGGACGAGUGGAACAAACUGGCACAUAAAAACAAUCACAUGAAAGGCCUGGAAAUCGAGGUGGCUCAGCACAUUCAACGAUGGACGAAAUUGGAACUGCAGUUUUGGAGAGAGUGUCUGACACAGUCGUUCGAACGGAUGGAAGACAAAGGGUGCAAGUACUGGUUCUUCGUUUACAAUCUGAUACACGAGUAUCUGCGUGAGCCCAAGGAUCAAUUCGCUUCGUGUGAUUUGACGGACAUCAAAUCGGUUGAGAAAUGUUUCGGUUCCGAUGAUGUUGCAACUGAUGUGGAAGUGAAACCGCAAAAGCGAUUGAAAUCGAACGAUGUCGUGGCUGUACUGAAACAGUUCAUCGAAUCGUCCAAUUUCGCUGAAUUUUCGCUGAGAAUGUCGUUGCUGAAGAGUUUUGAACUGUACUUGCAUCACAUCGAUGCGCCUACGAAACGUCGAGACAAUUUGAUCAAAAUUCUGCACAGCUUGCAUCUGUACUACGACCAAUUUCGCAUUGCCAUUGUGGAACGGAUAAAGGCGAUUCGGGCUCCGAUUGAGAAGAAACUGAAGGAGCUUGUGAAAAUUGAAUCGUACAACAAGGACCUCUCAUACUUCAGCAUGCGAAACAACAUCGCGCGAGUGCAUCGCAAUUUGCACAAAUUUUUGAAAGAAUUCGAAAAGAAUUUGGAUGAGAAAAUUGUGGCCGUUUUCCAGUUGAAGGAACUGAAUUUCUCGAUGGACAAUGAAAAGGACAAAAAGCAAAACGACGACACUUACACGAAUGCCUGCAACGUCGACGUAAAGUGUUUCAUCGCAUCGUCUAAACUGCUUGAAAAAAUCCACAUCGAUGAAUCCGCCGAUCUAGAUGCCAGACUUGUGACAAAGGUGCCAAGACUGUUCGGAACAUCGCGAAACAUUGUCAAAGAAGUGAUACUUCAAUCACAAUUCCCGAUGUUAAUUUCGAACUUGGACCUGUUACUGAUUGAUCAGAUCGAGUCAUGUGAACAUCUGCGCAAACUGGAAGUCGAUCGUUCACAAAUCAAAACGAAGCAGAAGGUCCAGGCCAAGCAAAUACUGUCGCAGAAACGAAAGGCUCUGUCCGAUGUGUACAAAGUUCUGUCGCAAUUGGGCUUGAACUUCCGUACCGGUCUCAUGGAGAACUCUUUACGAGAGGAAAUUAUCGAUCUGAAAAUUCAGCCGUUCUGUGUGCGUUCAAUGAUCCUCGAUCCGAAACACAGGCAGAUCAAUCAACAUUUAAUGGACACAAUCGACAACUUGGAUCUGUACUAUGCCAAAUGUGUCUUCAAGUUGAAGCUGUUACAAACGGUUCUGCUCACACCUCAUGCCGAUCUGGGACUACAACAUCUGGAGCGAAUCAAGGGAUUUUCAAUUGACCUUUAUCUGUUGGUUCAGUCGCAAAGGAAUGACGUCAGUGACAUGGUGAAACGGGUCUACGAUUUGCAGCAACAGAUUACAAAAAUCAGCGAACUCAGUCGUUGCGUUGACAAUGGUUUGGAGCAGAAGGAAUCGACCAAUUUUGUGCAUUUGAAGUCUACGUGCCUCUUCAUCAAGGAGAGUCUUGUCAAGAUCUGCAACGUUUUCCAUCAGUACGUCAUUUUGCUGAAGAGUGUGCCGAGUGAGAAAGAUCCGAAUUGCCAGCUUUUCGAUGACCGGGCACCAUUUAACCAACUGUCCGAAUCGUAUUUGCGAAUCAAAGAGGGCUCUCUGAAGAUUUUAGACAAAUCAGCACAACUAUUACUCGAUGUGGAGCAAAGCACAGCCAUCGCUUUCCACAACAGCGCAACGGUUGGACUGCUCGAGGGACGAUUCAACGAGAUUCUGUCCGCAUUGGAACAAUUCUCAAUGGAAUUCCAAUCGGAUGGGAAUGAAUGCAUUGUCAUUGGCACACCGGUCAUCGAAUUGUUAGAACAAAUCAAUGGCAAUCGCGUAGAAUUUUCGUGCAACGAUCAGGAAGAUGGUCUAGUCGAGGCUGAUAAAAUUGACACAGAAGUGGAGAACAUUAUCCAUUGCACCCUGAUACCGAUGCAAACGAUCUACAAAAAAUUGGCCAAACAGAACAAGAGUGCACCUGAAACGACGAACGAGGAACAGACUGACAGUGACCUCCUUCAGGACAAUCAUUUGAAAACGAAGAUCAACUACGAACUGUUGACCGAAUUGGAGAUACUGAACGUUGAAAAGGUGACCAGAAAAUUGACCAAUAUUUUGCUGACCUUGCAGUACGGAAAAUGCAGCAAGGAAGUGAAUGUCGCGAACAUCUCCAAAAAGGUCAUCACACUUCUGCCCAUCCUGGAACAAUAUCAGUUGCUCUGCAAGUUCUUUUUAAUCCAACAACUUGGCGCACACAAGGUGUCUACGAAAAUGCUGUCCGUAAUGCUGACUGUGUUCGUUGAACUGGGAUCGAAGGGAUUCUGCAUUCCACCCGAUCUCAUGGAAGACGAAGAUGGAGAGUCAAAACAAAAUGAGGGAAAGCGUGGAGAAGGAUUCGGUUUGGAUGAUGGAACCGGCGAAAACGAUGUGUCCGACAAAAUCGAAUCUGAGGAUCAGUUGGAUACUGCCAAGAAACCCGGUGACGAGAAAGAAUCCAAAGAUGAAGAAGACGCCGAUUGCAAAGAGGAACGCGGUAUUGAUAUGAGCGAAGAUUUCGACUCAAAGUUGCAGGACGUGGAUAAAAAAGGUGAUGACUCAGAUGAAAGCGAAGAAUCUGAUAACGAUGAUGAACCGGACAAACAAAUGGGUGAAACCGAAGAAGGUGCCGAAAGAUUGGACAAUCAAAUCUGGGGUUCCGAUGAAGAGGAAGAACCCAAUGAAGAUGAACUGAACGAGGAUGAGAAUGGAAAAGGUUCCAAAGACGACACCGACGCUCAUAAUGAUAUGGACGCUAACGAAAAUGAUGAAAAUCAGCAAGGGGAUGAGAAGCACGACGGACUUGAUGCGGCCGACAACGAAGAGGAUAAGAAAAAGCAACAGAAAAAGGACAUUGACAAACUGGAUGAGCCGGACGUUGGAGACGAUCAAAUCAAUCCUUACCACAAUGAAUUGGAAGAUCCACCAGAGCCUGAUGACAUGGAUUUAGGAGAAAAUUUCAAUCUGGAUAACGAAGAUGGCAACGACAAAGAAGAAAAUCCAGAGGAGAAUCCAUUCGACAUUGACACAAUGAAAGAAAACAUGGAGGUGACCGAAGAAGAAACCAAUGAGGAAGAAGCAGAACCCGGCGAUACUAAGACCGAAAAUGAUCAAGACGGUGACAGCGAUUCCGAAUCUGAGACUGAAGAUGGAGUGAAGAAAACCAGCGAAGAGUGUGAAGAUGCUGAAAAUUCGGAACACGAAGAUGAAGAACCGUCAACCGAAACUCCUGGAAAAACGGAUGAUACAGAAAAGGAUGAAGAACAGGUCGGAGACGAGAAAGAGGACAAACCGAAUGAGACCAGCGACUACAAUGAAUCCAAAGAUAAAGCGUCACGCGAAGAAAAUGUUCAAGCAACGCCGGACGAAAAGUCGAAAGGCUCAAGUGACCAAGUCCAAAUCGAAACGGCCGAAAAAGAGCAGAAACAAGACGAUGAAAUGGAUGCUCAAGAUACUGGUGAGGAUAAGCAGGGAACUGGUCAAGCGGAAAAUGAAGACUCCAAGAGUGGUCAUCAAGGAUAUUCCGAUUCAAAGGAAACCAAGUCAAAGGAAAAGCAGCAGAAAGAGAAGAAAUUCCAGGAGAAACGGAAACACGGGAAUACGAACGAAGAGCGAACCGUCAGUGACACCCAAAAGGAAGAUAAGAAACAGCUGAAAACAAUUGAUAAGUUGAACGAAAAAGAAGGCCACGACGACGGCGAGGAAGAGAAGGAAUCGGAAGAGGUCGACGAAUAUCAGCAUAUUAAGGACGCUAAGAAAACGGACAAGACAACCUACGACAAUGCCACCGAAGAGCAGUCGAAACAAGUUCAUCACGAAGAAAAUGCCGAAGAUGAGUCGACUGGUCAAGACGAAGGCAAAGAGGAUCUGAUGGAAGUGGAUGAGGAAGAGGAGAAGAUGGAAGUGAAUGCUGACGAAAUUCAAAGCGAAUCAACCGAUCGCAAAUCCAAUAAGCCGUCCAAGGAGCGCAAUAAUGAGGAACAAUGCGAAACCAAAGAGGUGAAUGAGGUGGAAGGCGAAGCGGUGCAAACGCAUUCGGCACUUCGAUCAGAUGAUACCAGCGCUCAUUGCAUAGCCGAAAUUCUGCAAGAUGCAUCCAUACCGGCAGAGCCUAGUGCAUUGGAUACGUUGGAAUUGAGGAGAAUGGUCAACCAGGAGCUGUAUAAUCCAAAGUUGGUGCUUCCUGGUCAUGAAGAUUUUGAAAUCUGGCAGACGAUUUCCAACAAAAUGCUGCCGAACGCUAGAGAACUCUGCGAACAGUUAAGACUGAUUUUGGAACCCACAAAGUGUACCAGAUUGAAGGGAGACUACCGAACCGGUCGACGAAUCAACAUGAAGAAAAUCAUUCCAUACAUUGCCUCACAGUUCCGCAAAGACAAAAUCUGGCUCCGGCGAACAAAACCCGCCCAGCGUGACUACAAAAUUUCCAUAGCCAUCGAUGAUUCGAAGUCAAUGCAUCACAACAAUUCCAAAGACUUGACGCUCAUGGCCAUUUCGUUGGUGUCGCAGGCGCUCAAGUUUCUCGAAAGCGGAAAAUUGUCAAUUGUCUCGUUCGGCGAGGAGCCGAAAAUCGUACUCAAUCACACGGAACAAUUUGACGGGCCGAAAUUAGUCAAUUCGUUGAAUUUCGACCAGAAUCAAAGUAGGAUCGGGGAAUUGCUUGACUUCGUUCGGAUUGCCAGUGCAGAAGAUGCGGGCGGUUCUUCCGACAAUGGAAUAUUUGAGAAUUUAUUGUUGGUGCUGAGUGAUGGCCGGAACAUAUUCAGUGAAGGCGAGCAAAGGGUACGAAAUUCGGUGAAACUGGCACGACUUCAGCGGAUCUUUAUCGUGUACGUCAUCAUCGAUAACCCGGAGAAUAAGCGUUCAAUACUGGACAUCCAAGUGCCGAAAUUCUCAGCCGAUCGGAAAUCGCUGACAAUGAACUCAUAUCUGGAUUCAUUCCCAUUCCCGUACUAUGUCAUCGUUCGAGAUCUGUCUCAGCUACCGUUAGUGCUAAGCGAUGCUAUGCGUCAAUGGUUCGAACUUGUAAAUAGUGAGCAAUAAUUUGAGUAUUUUUACUGAGUUAAAUACAAGAGACCCAUUGGUCUCACUGGAAAUGAUAAAAA